AUGGAGCAGCAAUUACACAAGCCCCAUCGCAAGUCGGGCAAGGAGAAGAAAGACAAGAAAGACAAGAAGCAAUCAUCGGGCGAACAAAACCCGAAAGCCUUCGCCUUCUCAAAGCCUGGCAAGCUCGCCAAGACUGCUGCUCGGUCCCAAGAUAUCAAAGAGAGACGCCUCCAUGUUCCCCUUGUCGACCGCCUGCCCGAGGAGGCACCUCCCCGCCUCGUCGCCAUUGUCGGCCCCCCUGGCGUCGGAAAAACGACACUUCUCAAGUCUCUAAUCCGUCGCUAUGCCAAGGAAUCCAUCACCGACCCGCAAGGCCCGAUCACCGUCAUCACUUCCAAGAAGCAGCGCCUCACCUUCCUCGAAUGCCCCAACGAACUCGAGGCCAUGGUGGACGUGGCCAAGGUCGCAGACAUUGUGCUCCUCAUGAUCGACGGCAACUAUGGCUUCGAAAUGGAGACCAUGGAGUUUCUGAAUGUGCUGAGCGCAACGGGCAUGCCCGGUAACGUCUUUGGAAUACUCACACAUCUGGAUCUGUUUCGGAAACCGCAGACCCUCAAGGACGCAAAGAAGAGGCUCAAGCGCAGGUUAUGGACUGAGCUCUACCAGGGCGCGCAUCUCUUCUACCUCUCUGGUGUGAUGAACGGACGAUAUCCCGACCGCGAGAUCCACAACUUGUCGAGGUUCCUGUCGGUCAUGAAGAACCCCCGGCCCCUGGUCUGGAGGAACUCGCACCCCUACUCGAUCAUUGACAGCUACCGGGACAUCACCCACCCAACCAAGAUCGAGGAGAAUCCGAAAUGCGACCGAUCAAUUGUCCUCUCGGGUUAUCUGCGAGGCACCAAUUUCUCGUCACAAGGGCAGAGGAUACAUAUUCCCGGGUUAGGCGACUACACCGUGGCGAAUAUGGAGGCGCUGCCCGACCCCUGUCCAACACCUGCCAUGGAACAGGCGUUAGCCAAGAUCACCGGCAAGACAGGUCGCCGCAGGCUAGACGAGAAGGAAAAGAGGCUUUACGCCCCCAUGUCUGACAGAAGUGGUCUCAAGAUUGAUGGUGACGCCAUCUGGAUCACUCGAGAGAAGGGCUUCAACUUUGAUAAAGAUACCCAAGAUGCUGAACGUGGCGAGGGAGAGGAGAUGAUUGUCGGUCUACAAGCCGAGCGCCGUCUACUCGGCCAGACAGAGAACGGUGUCCAACUCUUCGAGGGUGGUGAGCAGAUCAAAGAGGUGGCUGAGGAUGAGGACACAGGUCGCAAAUCGCAGCGCAAGGCACGGAUAGCCGAGCGCGACGAAGAUGAAGAUGAUGAACCGGAGGACGAGGGCUUUGCCAGUGGCGACGAGGACCAAGAAUUCGAUUCGGAAGAGGUGUUUCAAGAGAGCAAGAUGGGCAAGAUGUUCCGCAAGAGCAACGACAAGGACGCCACCGAGGGAGAUGUGGCCUUUGCCGACAGUGACUCUGACUUGGGCUCAAUCUCUGGUGCCGAGGAUGACGAGGAGGAGGAGGAGGAGGAGGAGGACUACGAUUCCGACGAGGAGGCUGCCGCUAUGCGAUGGAAGGACAAUAUCCAGUCCAAGGCCAUGAAGAUGUACGGCAGGAGACGAACAUACCACACAGGCGACCUGGCGCGCUUCAUCUACGAUGAGUCAUUAUCGCCCGCCGACGCGCUGAAGCGCUGGCGAGGUACUGACGAGGACGAAGAAGAGGAGGAAGACAUUGAGGCCGACGAGGAUGACGAUGACUUUUUCAAAAAGACCAAGCAAGAGGACGAGGACAAGGCUGAGGACCGAUUAAUACCCGACUACGACUACGAGGAUCUAGCAGCCAAGUGGGCUGACGAGGCCAAUCUGGAUGCACUUCGUCGGCGCUUCACCACCGCGGUCCGGGGUGAAGGUGCCGAGGAUAGCGAAGGAUUUGACGAAGACGAUGAGUUCGACGGCAUCGAUGAUGGGGACGACGAGGGUGAUGGCGUCUUUGAGGAUCUCGAGGCAACAGAAGAUCAAGGCGGUGUCAAGCCUGAGGACGCCCCCCAGCAGCAGACGGCCGACGAGAUCGCGGCCGAACGCGACGCCAAUGCCAAGCGCAAGGCUGAGCUCAAGCAGCGCUUCGAAGAGGAAGAUCGCGAAGGUUUCCUGAACGACAAGGCCAACGCGCGUCGCGAGGGUGGCGACAUUCAAGAGUUUGGCGAGGACGAGUGGUACGAUGCCCAAAAGGCCAUGAUCCAGAAGCAACUCGACAUCAACAAGGAGGAGUUUGCCGAGCUCGACGAGCGACAACGCGCCGCCGUCGAGGGCUACCGCGCGGGCAAGUACGCCAAAAUCGUCCUUGAGGGGGUCCCCGCCGAGUUCGUCGAACGCUUCAAUUCGCGCACGCCCAUUGUCGUCGGCGGCCUCUCUCCCACCGAGGAUCGCUUCGGCUUCGUCCAGGUCCGCAUCAAGCGGCACCGUUGGCACAGGCGCAUCCUCAAGACCAACGACCCCCUCAUCUUCUCCCUCGGCUGGCGUCGCUUCCAGUCUAUGCCCAUCUAUUCCCUGACCGACUCGCGGACACGGUCCCGCAUGCUCAAGUAUACACCCGAGCACAUGCACUGCUUCGGCACCUUUUACGGGCCCCUGAUCGUCCCCAACACGGGCUUCGCAUGCUUCAACUCCUUCUCCAAGGAUAUACCGGGCUUCCGCGUCGCGGCCACGGGCACCGUCCUGUCCGUCGAUGAGUCGACCGAGAUUGUCAAGAAGCUCAAGCUUACCGGCCAGCCGACCAAGAUCUUCAAGAACACCGCCUUCAUCAAGGACAUGUUCUCCACGUCGCUCGAGAUCGCCAAGUUUGAGGGUGCCUCCAUCAAGACCGUCUCCGGCGUGCGCGGACAGAUCAAGCGCGCCCUGAGCAAGCCCGAGGGCCAGUUCCGCGCCACUUUUGAGGACAAGAUCCUCUACUCGGACCUUGUCUUCCUGCGGGCGUGGUACCCCGUCAAGCCGCAUCGCUUCUACAAUCCCGUCACCAACCUGGUGGGGUGGCAGCCCAUGCGCCUGACAGGACAGGUCCGCCGCGACGAGGGCGUGGCGACGCCGCAACUCAAGAACAGCCAGUACCGCCCCGUGGAGCGCGAGACGCGCCACUUCAACCCGCUGCGCGUGCCGCGGGCGCUAGCGGCCGAGCUGCCGUACAAGAGCCAGGUUGUCCAGACCAAGAAGCAGCGCAAGCCGACGUAUAUGCAGAAGCGCGCCGUCGUCAACAAGGAUCCCGACGAGAAGAAGGCGAGGGCGUUCAUGCAAGAGCUCCUCACGAUCCGCAACGAAGCGGCCGCCAAGAGAAGGGCCAAGAAGGAGGAGAACCGAACCGCCUUCAAGAAGAAGAUGGCGGAGAACUUGGAGAAGAAGGAGGCACGUGAGAAGAGAGAGUCCAAGGAGUUCUGGAGCAAGAAUGGCCGGAAACGCAUGGCUGCCGAGAACGGUGGCGGCGGCGGCAAAAGGAGAAAGUAA